UGAUCAGCUGUGUCCAAUCACAGCUGCUCACAUGUAAACACGGAAAUGGGACAUGUACACUGAUCAUCAGGGCACUGAUGAUCAGUGUGCCCUGAUGAUCAGUGUAGCCCCAGAAGUGCCACCUGUCAGUGUCCAUCAGUGCCAGCAGUCAGUGCUCAUCAGUGCCACGUGCCAGUGCCCAUCAGUGCCACAUCAAUGCCACAUAUCAGUGCCCAUCUGAGCUGCCUUUCAAUGUCACCCAUCAGUGCCAGUCAGUGCCACCUAUCAAUGCCAAUCAUCUAUCAGUGCCACCUAUCAGUGCCAGUCAGUGUCGCCUAACAGUGCCAGUCAGUGCCGCCUAACAGUGCCAGUCAGUG